GCGCCGGCGGCCUUAUCACCGCCACUCCGCCACACAGUCGGCUCGCGCGGCCCGCGACGCACGUCUCGCGCCGGCCACUUGCGCUCCUACCGCUCGUUACUCGCCCGCCACUCGCGUCCCGGUGACAAGUGAUCUGUGAAACCUAAACCCGCGAACUUACCGACACGUGCUGCGCACUGCGCAUAUUUUUAUUGGACGGAGUUCCCAUUCAUACGUUUCAUUAUACUGCAACGACGGCUGAGCUGGCGAAAAUUGUAAACACAGCACACGUGCCUCCGCCGCCGGCCCGCAACAAGCGGGAGCCAAAAAUGGCGACAAAAGGCAAGCGACCGAUGCGAGCCUUGACUCCCGGCGACAAGAUCGAGGCCAUCCAGCGUGUCAACGACGGCGAGUCCAAGGCGUCAGUCGCGCGCGACAUCGGCGUGCCCGAGUCCACGCUGCGUGGCUGGUGCAAGAACGAGGACAAACUGCGCUACAUGACGUCGCGGCUCUCCUCGCCCGACACCGACAAGAGCAACGACGGUGAGCCGCCGGAGAAGCGCGCGCGCACCGAGUCCCCGUGCGCGCCCGCGUCCCCCGCCGGCGGGCUCGACCUGUCGGCGCCGACGCCCGCGCCCGCCGCGCCGCCCGCCCCCGCGCCCGCGCCCGCCCCCGACGCGCCCGUGGAGCUUACCACGCGCCGCGCGCCGCCAGAGCCGCCCGCCGCGCCGCGCGAGCGCCGCGCCGACCCCGGCGCCAGCGUCUCCAUGUCCGCCAUCAGCCCGCUGUCCGGCCUCGCGCACCUGCCCGGCCUGGCGCACUCACACCUCGGCCUCAGCUUCAACGAGAUCGCGACAAACCUAACAUUGCUCGCUCAGCUCAACCCAGGCCUGUCGGCGCUGUCCGCGCAGCCCGCCAGCCGGGCCCUACGCUCGGUCCGCUCCCCGAAACCGGCGCACAACGGCGCCCUCGGUCUCACCGACGGCAAGCAUCAUCGGAGCAAGAGCCACCACUCCGACCCCUACCGGCACAGCAAGAGCCACCUCCCGCCGUCGUCGAGUGCGAGUCAGCCGGUCGACGACACGCUCUGGUACUGGCUCAAGACACAGCAGGCGAUGCUCGACUUGACCGCGCAGACGACGGCGGCGCACCCCCUGCAGCUCGGCAAGACGAGCGAGCCGAGCGUACCCCCCAAGCCGGUCGCCCCCGCCCCGCCGGUCACCUCGCACCUCGAUUACAACAGAAAUUCGUGGCUGUGGCAGUACUACAAACAGUUCGGGGGCGCGAUGCCCCUGCCGGACGAUAAACACAAAUCCGCCUCCCAGGUGCCGAGAGACAAGACCUCUGAAAAUAUUUUGUAUUCUCAUCUAACGAAAGGCAAAACGGAAGACGUACACGUCGGCAGGACAAGCCCACCGCAACCACACGUCCCCCACGUGCCGCACAUCCCCAGUGAACCCCGGGGGCGACACGAGGAGCCGCGCGUCGCCGAGCCGGCCGCCAGCCCCGAGGUCGGCUCCGAGAACAAGGAGCCCGCCACGGAGAGGCACCACGACACCGGCCGGAGUCAGACGAAGGCCCGGACCGUGCUCGACAAUCUGCUGUUCAACAACGGCAACGAGGCAGCGCACAGCGACGCCAAGAGUGAGAGCGGGUCGUGGGAGGCGGGCGCGGCCGAGGCGCUGGAGCACGGCGACAAGUUCCUGGCGUGGCUGGAGGCCAGCGGCGACCCCAGCGUGACGCGCAUGCACGUGCACCAGCUGCGCGCGCUGCUGCACAACCUGCGUGCCCGCCGCGCGCCCGCCGCCGGCGACGCCGAGCGCCGCAAGUAGGGCCGCCCGCGCCCGCCACGCCGCCGGCGCGAGCUACAGGGAAUACUUCAAUUACGUCUGUAAAUACAUACUUAGUUACGUUGUCGCCAGUAAGCGUUCACUUGUGAUAUGUGUAGCCAAAUUUGCGUAAUUUCUUUGUUCUAAAAGAAAAGCUAUGCAUUAUAUUUCCUUAGUGUUAAGACUAACCUUAGAUAAGUUACGGGAACUGUUCUCCGCGAAGCUUCGUCGAUAAACUAUGUCGAUAGUUAGUACCUAUAUUUCAAAAACUACAAUCUUAAUAGUUAUAGUGAAAUGUAAAAAUGGAUGUUACUUACCUGCAAUCAUGUUACUUUCCGAUGCACACAACUGUUACGUGGUUAGGUUAAGUAGUAUCGCUGUAUGUUGCCAUUUGACGAUUACAUUCCUAGUUGUACCCUUACUAUAGUUUAUAGUCGGAUCCCUAUGUUCUACCUCAAGUCUAAACUAAUGCUAAGUCACGUGGUCCUCUGGGCCGCCGACGGUCGCGGGCGCGGCGCGCACGCUCGGCACGCCUCAUACCAAAUAUUGAAGGAUGCUCGUAUUCGAUGUGCCAAUCGUACGGACAAGGUAAUAUUGUUAAGAUAUAGAUGACUCUAUCGCGUUAGAGCUAGGCACUCGUUGUGUUUUCUAUUGCUCAGUAUUUUAUAUGGCGGACACGCGUGUCCACACUCGGAAUUGUAUUAUACGUUAAAGUUAACAGUUAAGGACACUGUGAUCAAAAUUAUAAAUUAUUGAGAGAUUAUUAAUAUUGUAAGUACAUUCCUAAAGAAUAGAGUGUAUUGUCGUGUUAUAAGAGAUUGUCCAAUGGUGUAUGGUGUAGGUGUUCGUUGCGAGACAUUCACUCGCAACUAUAAAUUAAUGUCUAUAGCGAAAAGUUCAAAUCUGUGUCCCUUUCCAUUGAAGAUAGAAUGAUUGAUUUGCAUUUCAUGUUAAUUAUGUUAGCUCCACUGGAAAUGUUCGAAACAGGAUAUUUUGUACAAAAUUAAAAUUUGAAUUAUAAAAUAUGAUUCUCUUCAAAGUUUGUGAUCUCGAAGAUGUUGGUUGAAUGAUUAAAAUUUGAUUAAACCUUUAAACAA